AUGGAGUACUAUGGCGCUGUGCAUUCAGUUGGACAGGUCGCCCCGCAGCUAGAGUCCCAGCCCAGAAACUAUGACCCUUUCGGUCCCGGAUUCUUUCAAGAGUCUACCUAUGAUUUUGGUGAUACUCAUUCAAGAGGAUUGAAACGAGCGCCAGAAAGCAACGUACGAGCACAAUAUCACCCCAGAUCUGGAUACCACUACGUUCUCCCGGACCAUCCACCUCCCCAUAAUCUCUUUCAAGAAAUGCAAGACCAUCGCCUUCAGCCUGAACGACAAGUGAACCCAUGGUACCCAUUCGACGGCCCAGGAGAAUGGUCACUAGCAAAGUUUUUAGUUGAGAAUCUCUCACAGACUCAGAUAGAGCAAUUCCUGAAGUUGGAAUGGUUCAAGACACGAGAGCGACCACAAUUCAAAUCAAAGGACGAGUUGUUCUAUUACUUGGAGCAACUUCCUGGACGUGGACCGAAAUGGCAGUGUACUGAGUUUCGUCUGAAGGGUUAUGAGACUGAGCAGCCGAUUCACCUCAUCUGGAGAGACGGUUUAGAAGUUGUGAAGCAGCUUUUUUCCAAUCCAGUGUACGCGAAUCACAUGUGUUACGACCCUCACCAUAUCUACAAUGGACAAGAGCGCGAAAUUGGAGAGUUCUGGACAUCAGAUGAUGCCUGGAAUAUACAGGCAUGCAUUUAUUUUCAAGGUGCUACUAUCGUACCAAUUAUCACCGCUUCGGACAAGACACCCGUCACACGACACACCGGUGGACUAGAAAUGCACCCAUUAUUCAUGACCAUCGGAAACAUCCAAUCUGAUGUCCGAAUGAAAGCUACAUCACAUGCAUGGCGAUGUGUCGCAUUUAUGCCGAUACCAAAAUUCCUCGUCAACUCGGACUAUCAGACUCUUCUUCAGACGCGAUUGUGGCACAAAUGUGUCGACCUCGUCUGCUCAAAACUCAAGAUCGCUGCACGUGUCGGCGAAUUCAUGGUCGAUCCUUCAGCACAUAGACGUUUUUGCUUUACCCCUCUCAUCAGCCAUAUCGCCGAUCUUCCUGAACAACUUAUGAUUGCAUGUCUCUGCGAUAGGGUUGACCCCUGGGAUCUCUUUAGCUUCCUUAAGGAGGCGAAGAAAUUGCACCUGAGCGGCAUCCACCUACCAUUCUGGAGAGACUGGAAAUACGCAAACCCAGCGACAUUUCUCACCCCGGAAAUUCUUCAUGCUCUGCACAAAUUCUUCUUUGACCAUGUCCUGAAGUGGGUCAAGGAAACCAUGGGACACGAGCUCGAUUUACGAUUUCGGAGUCAGCAUAAGUGUGUGGGUGUGCGUCAUUUCACGUCAGGUGUCUCGCAUGUCAAGCAAAUGACUGGCAGAGAGCAUCGCGAUAUCCAGCGCACCAUAGUACCUACAAUGUGGGGAAUUGUAACUCCUGAAUUCAUUCGUGCGGUUCGCGCGAUGAUCAAUUUCAUUUACCUCGCACAAAAUCCGGUUCAUACUGACACAUCAAUCAAGGACAUGUCGACUGCGCUUUCUGUCUUUCACGAACAUAAGCAAGCUAUCAUCGAUGCAGAGGCGCGACGAGGGAAAAGUGGAGCUAAGGACGAUUUUUUCAUCCCCAAACUAGAGCUCAUGCAGAGCUUCGCUCGCGCAAUCCCACACGUCGGCUCCCUCAUUCAAUACUCAGCAGAUAAGACCAGUCGACAGAAGGAUUUUGUUCAACAAAUCACGCGGAUCCUUGAAUGGGAGGAGACAAUUUGUCUCUUCGAGCUUUACACCCUACUAGCUUCCAAUGACCCGCUUCUCAAUGUUGUUUUCACGGAAGAUGACAAAGUCGCUGGUCCAGAGGUAGACCCAGCGUUAGCUUGGGUUUCUCGUGUAAAUCCAGACGCUCAACGAUGCCUACAUGCCCCACGCCCAGUACGCAACCAUUUCUUGAAAGGAAUCGUGUCCGAUGAUGCGAAAAUCGCUUUCAAUGUUACCAUCAACCCCGAUCGCAAACGCUUGACCAUCGUUGAGCUUCAAACGCUAUAUGACCUUGUUGACUUCUCGCAGGCUCUCUACCACUACUUCACAAUCAACUACCACGGAGAUCUCAAUAUGCAUAGCAGCCGGAUACUCUUGAAUGCUUGGUUCAAGUUUCGAAUUCAGCUACAUUCAGCUUUCCACGAGCGCACCAUCAUGCCUAGUCAAUUGUUGCAAGCUGAACCCCCCUCCAGCGAGUUCUCCUACGGCCGCUGUGAUACUGUUCUCGUUCAGAACAACAGGAGCAAUGUUCCUUGUGUAGUCCAAGUCCGAGCCGUGUUCCAGCCAACUGCACUGCCCAUUGAAGCGCCUGCACUUGAUCAGGUGCUUGCGUAUGUUCAACACUUCGACAUCAUCGGAGACAAACCUGAGCCUAUGAUGGGGAUGUGGAGACUCACGCGCUCAUUCUUUCACAAUGUCUCGCAGCCACAGUCCAGAAAGCGAUGUAGUUCUAUAAUUCCUAUCACCGAUAUCACUCAUGGGGUGGAACUGAUCCCUGUGUAUGACACUUUAUUAGCCAAGGAGGUCAACUCGAGCAAUUCGAUGGAGAUUUUUAACGACUAUUUUCUCAAUAACUUCGCUGACAAAGAUAGUGCUGCCGAAGUCCGGUUCGGUUCAGCCAUUUGGUCGAACCCUGGACCGAACGUCACCGAACGCGUUCGGGAGGGUCCGGUUCGCGUUCGAACCAGGUUCGACUAA